UCUCGCUAGCUGAGCGGACGGGACUUACGGACAAAUCAUCUACCAAUCGAAGUACCACAAUGGAUCGCAGAUCAAAUAGAGCCAGCUCAACACGCAGCACCGUCACCAAAGUGUUUGCGCUGCUACUCGUCAUAUGUCUCGCAGAAUGUGCUACAGAGCAGAGAAUUAACAGUAGGGGUAGCAAAACGUCGACCCUCUUAGAGAAAGUCGGCGGGUGGCGCAGUCAACGCGGAGGUUCCUGCUUAAGUUACGGCCAUUCCUGCUGGGGAGCUCACGGCAAGAGAUCCGGCAAGCCUCCAGCGUCAGCCCCUGAUUGGUACCUCACCAGGUUGCUGCGACGCAUGGCUGCUAACGCUGAACUGAACCACGUGAACCAGUUGACUAAGAAUGACGACAUCGACGCUAUUUUCCAAAUGAACAUGCCAGACGACUCGCCCGCAACUAACAAACUGAUGCUCGAAAAUGAUGACGGACCUGUGGAACUGCCAUUCAGCCGAAAUAUGGAAGCGAAGCCCAUGCUGGACGACGACCUGUUAUCUAAGAUGAAAAUGUGGCAAAUUAUGAGAGAGUCGCCUGAAGAAAAGUAAAUUAAAU